CUGGCGGGUACAGCCGGUUCGUUUCCGUUUCUAGAAAACUGGGAAGUUAUUUGUUUAAAACGGCCCUUAUCGGCCAGGCUGCGACGAGCGGCAGCAAAAUGGACUCGGAAAGGACAGCGAAGCUGGAGUUUGCAGUGCAGAUGACAUGUGAGAGCUGUGCCGAGAAAGUCAGAGCAGCUCUGGAGGGUAAACCAGGAGUGCAUUCGGUCAGUGUGGAUGUUGGUAAGGAGGCGGUGUUGGUGGAAUCUGUUCUGACCAGUGCAGAUGUGCAGGCUCUGAUAGAAAGCACGGGACGCCAGGCCGUGCUAAAGGGCAUCGGAGGGUCGGAGCAAGACCUGGGUGCAGCGGUGGCCAUGCUGGCUGGUGUAGGAAAGAUCCAGGGAGUGGUGCGUUUCCUCCAGUUGUCUACCGACCGUUGCUUGAUCGACGGGACCAUUGACGGGUUGGAGCCCGGACCCCACGGCCUCCAUGUCCACACCCUGGGGGACCUCACAGAGGACUGCCUCAGUUGUGGAGAGCACUUCAACCCCUUUGGAAGACAACACGGCGGACCAGAGGACCCUGAAAGGCAUGUAGGUGAUCUGGGAAAUGUUGUCGCCGGACCAGAUGGCAGAGCCUCAUUUAGACUAGAAGACAGUCAGCUAAAGGUGUGGGAUGUGAUUGGCCGGUCACUCGUAGUGGACGCAGAGGAGGACGACCUGGGUCGAGGCGCUCACCCGCUCUCCAAACAGACCGGAAACUCUGGAAAAAGGCUGGCCUGCGGCAUUAUCGCCCGAUCAGCGGGCCUCUUCCAAAACACCAAGCAGAUUUGUGCCUGCGACGGGGUCACGAUAUGGGAGGAGAGAGACCGGCCGAUAGCUGGGAAAGGUCGAAGCAAAGCCAACACAGAGACGCCGGCAGCAAACCUCUGAAGCGGACACACAAACACCAGCCGGAUCUGUGACUGUCACAGUAAUGAUCUGUGUUCGGCAGACAGACAAUCAGAGCUGAAGCGAGGAAGACCGAGCAUGCACAGCUGGACAGAUGACCAAAGAAAAAUGGCCUUAUUUUCUUUUUUCUUUUAUUUUGUUUGUUACCCCAAUGACAAAAUGAAAAGCACUUACAGUUUACAGGUAGCGUCCUUUGAAUGUUUUUUAAAGCACUUAAACAGGUCAUCUGAUUAGCUAGAUCUCUGUUAACACUGCUAAAUGUUUGCAUAACCAGCCGCCUCUGGCAACAACUGUCUCAUCAUGGUGUAAAAAUGAUGUUUGAUGUGCUUUGAGAUAUUAGUUUCGUCUGUGCACUGGCUGAGAUAAACGCUCCUCAGGUUCCCAUUAAAAUGUCUAAUUAUGCAAGUUUCCUAAAAGAGAACUAGUGGUAAAAAACACAUCACACUAACAUCCUGCUACUCUCACAUUGCAUCACACACUGUGAAGUAGCUCAAAUAAUUUGCAAAGAUAGAAACUGAUUAUGGUAAAAGAUUUAUCUACAUAUAUUGAAAUUAAAGAGGGAAAUCAACACAUUCACACACACAGAUGGGAUUACGAAAUGUGUGAUUCUGAAGCUUAUUUUAUUUACUCUCACCAGGACUAGUAACCUUCUAGCUAGGCGCCUCAAUUUCCCACCAAUUUGAGUCCUUUGUAACACAUUUGUUGAUUUAAAAUGCUUAAAAACCUAGUUUAAAUGUUUAAACACUAUCAGAAAAGUUGAAACUGAUGUCUUAAAGUAAUAUUAGAUAACCAGUUACAACAAAGUUUGUAAGAAUGUGGUUCAACACUGGACAAAGGAGUAAUUUAUUGUAAGUAAUGUAUUGUACAAAACUAAAGUAGUAAUAGUAAAGUAUUAUUAGUGUCAUGGAAAGUUUGACCAAGCCUUGCUAAACUUAAACAUGCGCAUUUAGAGGAUCACGGGUUUACAUGUGCAGCCGCCACCGCAGUGUGUUAGCUUAACCACUUCCCUCUGUUUAAAGAAGUACAAUAAAGAGAUCCUCCAACAAAAAAAGGGGAACAACUGAGCCCACCCCCUAAACAUAAAGAGAUAAUCUGCACCGUCAUUGGCUGCAUUUGGACAAUGUUCCUGCCUCAGUGUGUUCAUUAUAAAGCCAUAAGGUGGAGUGAGUGACUUGGGUAAGAGAGAUGAGGGGAAAAGCCUGGAAGAGAGAAUCAUAUUCCACCCGGGGUGAAAGGGCAAGAGGGGGUAAAGGUUUUAGAGGGGGGGGCGUCGUGAAAGAUUGUGUGCUCAGCUGUUUGUUUUUUUUCUUUUUCCAACAUGGAGUGUGUGUAUUGAGUUCUUCAUGGCUGCUGUGGCUUCAACUUCAGAGCCACACAAUGCUGGAAACUGGCAUUUUUGUAAAUCAUGAUCAUGUGCCAUAAAUCCUUUGAUGACUUCAUCUGAAAUUGCACUCGAUGAUUGAAGUAUAAAACGAUGUAUAAAACUUCUACCUGCCGACACUUGUUGAUUUCUGCUGAGACGUUUUUCUUCUUGAUGGAGACGUCAAUGUUAGGAUGUUUCGUGUGCCGUAAUGGCCGUAUGAGAGUUAUGUAGCAAAGUUCUACAUUGAUUUUUUUCUUUUUUCUCAAAUUGAACAUCUGUCUUGUCCUCGUGACGCCUGAAUAAGCUUAUUGAACCCCCCCCCAAUCCAAAUGUUCAGUCUCUAUCUUCUUUUCCAUUUCUCUCUUAGGGCUGUGAAUGCAACUUGAAUGUAGGGCUGCAGCUAACAUUUGCUUUUAUUAUUAUAAUAAUAUUAUAAAUGUUGAUUCAUUUUAUGAUGGGUAAUUUUGACUGUAAAAUGUCAUAAAAACAAUGAAAAUGCACAUUAUAGUUAUAGUU